GGGGGCUCGUUUUAUCACGUGCAGAAAACAUCUGACGAAAACACCUAACGAAAAUUAUUUUUGGAAAAGAAAAUGCUAUACGUCACACAAGAUUGAACAACUGUAGUGACACACACUGGCUUGCGAAGGUGACUUCUAUAACUCCAGCGUCUGUUUCCCAAUAUUCCACAACGCCAAGUUCUUGUAAGGCAUCUAUUUAAUUAACAAAACACAUCGAUUUGACAGAAAACCCCAAUCUUAAAAGGAAAAUACCCUUUUUUAUAUCCAUUAGAUAGAUUAGAAGUCAGUGAAAGUGUACAGUGCUGUUGGACAACUAAAUUCUUAGAAUAAUCCGUGAAAAAUGCUCCCGAGCGUGAUUUUAACCGUUCUAACCUCACUCUAUCCAGUUAUUUUGGCAGUACCUUUGCCAGAAUUGGACCAUGUUGAUGGGGUGGUACUCAGAACGGUUCCAGUCGGUUCUACGGUGGUUUUGAAGUGCCUGAGCAAUGAUUACGAGCAUAUCUUUCAGUUCUGGCAUUAUCUUAACAAGGGAAUAGUUAUAGGACCUGGAAAUGAUUAUGAUUUAGCUAAAUUUCGAUAUGAAGUACUCUCUGGGAACUUAACGAUCAAGGGUGUAACAAAACAUGAGGAAGGUUCGUACGAAUGUGUAUCUAAGUCUAUAACAUCGAAGGAGGAUAUGAAAAUAAGAGUGACACAAAUGACAGUCCAAAACAAUUGGGACGAUCUAUACGAACACGAUUACAACAUCAACGUCAUACGAGUAUUAAUAGCAUUAAUAGCUGUAAUACUUAUCUCUAUGGGUGCAUGGUUCCUCUAUGGCGUGUGGAGGGACAGAUACAGAUACCCACGAUACCUAGAGCCCGACAAUGACGAAGAUGACGACGAUGAAAGUACCGAGGAAAUCUUCAGCAGACCGAGUACCUCAAAACAAGUCCAGCAUAUCAUACCCAUCCAAAAGAAGAAGGCCAGAGAGACUCCAUUCGACGACAUAGACAUCAGCACGGACUUUAAAAGCAUAUUAGAUAACACAAACGAUAAAUAAAGAACAUGAAAAUAAGUUUUAUAGGAACAGAAUCGAACUUUUGUGUUAAGUGUACGUUAGAUUUGAAAGAUAAUUUGUUUAGAAGACACUAAAUAAUUCCGAACUAGUAUUUUAUUAUUUAUUGAUUGAUAUUAAACUGUAAAUAUUUAGAAAG